AUGGAGACUAAAUUUCUAAGUAAUCUGGAAGCAGGUUUUAAGACGACUGGAAUUUUCCCCACAAAUAAGGAUGGAAUUUCAUCUCGUUUGCCAAAACAAGGUAGAUCAGUGAACUUAGAUCUUGGAGUCGCGUUCUUAGCUCACAUUCAUAAAAAGAGCUGCCCCCCGCCUAAGGAGUGCUGCGCGCAGGGCUGCUGCGCCUACAGGCCACCCCUGCCUCUGCCGCCUGCCACGAGCUUCGUCUUCUGGAACCACUGGUACUUUGGGCUGCUGCUGCUGCUCCUGGUGGCGUCGUGCGCAGGCGGCUGCGGGCUGUGGCGGCGAGGGCGCAGCUGCUGCUGCGGCUGCGCGCCGCAGGACGACGACGCGGCGGCUAGCGACGCGGGUGCCCCUAGCGGCUCCCUGCGCAGCUCGGCCGGCUCCUGCUGCCCCCCACCACACUACAGCCGCUGCUCCUCGCUGCACCGCGCGCCACCUCCGUACACUGAGGUGACAUCGAAGCCUGACUUGUACCCUCUGGUGAUCAGCUAUGGUGAUGCUCCCAAAGGCAGUGUGGGCAACAGCUACCUCAUGGUCCAGUAUUUUCGCAACUAUAUAGUGCGACCUGUAGGUUCUCUGUCAGCAGCAAGCACUGCAGAUUCCUUAAGUUCCAGUUUCCUGUGCAGUGCUACAAAUGAGGUAAAUCAAGAAACAGACAGGAUAGAGUUUUUACUACAUUUAUGA